AUGGGAGAGCAAGGGGGUGAUCAACGACCUUUAAUUCACUCGCACGAAAGACUUGCUAUAUCAGAUAUCUUGAGUAAAACGCGGGAGAUCAAUAUAUUCGCGUCGUUGACCCGCGAAUUCGAAUACCUCUCUGAUCGAUUCGAGGACAAAACGCAGAGUUUGAUUGUUUUAGCACCUACAAAUACUGCGAUCGAAGGUCUUCCGCAUAAGCCGUGGGAAUCCACCAGUGACUAUGUCGAUUUCGGGUCAAACGAAGCCUAUGCUGGAAGAAAGGGAGAAGAACGAGCGGCGAAUAAUCUGAGACGAUUUGUUGAAGCUCAUGUCAUAUCCAGUGACUCAUGGGCGGCGGGGGACAACGCUCAAACUUUGGCAGGCCAGGAGGUACGCUGGGAGAAGGACAAGAAUGGAAAGAUCCGUGUCUAUCCAGGAAACAUUGAAGUCGAGAGAAUAGCUGCCCGCAUUUCCAACGGCGAAGUUUGGAUUUUAAAUGGAAUAAUCGAAUUUGUUUAG